CCACCUAACUGAGCGAGGGGGUUGGUUGGUUGUGGUUGUUGGAAUUCCUUUUCGGAUAUCGAUUUCGGUUGCGCGGACGGCCGGACGGACGUAAAGCGGUUUCAGCGGAAAUCGGAAUCGGGGAAUCGGGUGGAAGGAAUACGAACGGACGGACGGACGACGGUGGUUAUAAAACCCCUUUUUUGUGAACGACCAUAAGCAUACGGGGAGGGAGGGGAAAAGAUCUCGUUAAACUGUUAACCGGGUUGUUGGUUUUACAUCCCAUUAGUUACUAUUCCAGCAGAAGAAGGGGAGAAAGUUUCGAAGGAAAUACGAUGGAUUCACCGAGAAGUUCAGCGAGCGCCUCACCUACGUCUUCUUCCAUACCUGGACCUCAGCUUCAUUCACAUUCCCAUUCUCAUUCCCAGCACUCACGCUCUAGCACUUCCCAACAUACUUCUCAUAAUUCUCAUAAUCAUUCAUCAUCAUCACACUUGAAGCAGCAUCAUCAUCCUCAACAACAGGACCAAGACCAACAGCAGCAGCAGCAGCAGCAACACAGCGGUGGUCAUCCAUCGCAUUCAUCAUACCCGGUCACUCAUCAAUACACCGCCGCCAGUGCUAGUAGUACUGCUGCCCAUUUAGCACCUCCUCCAGCGAACACUACCCAUUCAUCACAGCAGCAAGUACAAUUACCGUCCCUGGUGCCACCUCCCCACUCCUCUACCUCAUCUUCUUCCAACUAUCAAGAACAGAUACUGCAACAACAACAACAACAACAACAAUUGCAGCAUCGUCGUCAGCGCCAACAUCAACAUCCUCCUGCGCCACCUAUAUCAUGUAUAGAUGGACAGCGUACACCUACACCCUCUUCUUCCACUAUUCCACCCCCGCGUCCUGGAAGUGGUGGUGGUAGGACUGGUUUGGACAGUUUGGAUAGUGAGAUCGUUACGCUUCAUUCGGGGAGUGGUGGGAAAGGUGGAAGGGAAGGAGCGAAUGGGAAGGUUGGUGGGAAGAGAGGGGCAGGAGGUGGUGGUGGUGGUGGUGGUGGUGGUGGUGGUGGUGGAUCGGGGUCUCGGUCGGGGUCAGGGUCGGAAGGACAGUCUGGGGAAGGUGAGCACCCUUUAAUUUGAUUCUCCCGGAUAUCUUUCUUUUCUUUCUGGUUCACCGAUGGGAUUGAUUGAUCGGGGUGUUUGAGAGAGUCAUAACCUCCGCUUCCCGAUUUCUUUUAUUCUGUUUUUCUUUUUUCCCACUCCCUCCGUCUUCAUCUUCCGCUGGGUGGGGGCAGCCAGCUGUUGCCCCAGGUACCUCCCCGCUCGACCUGACAAUGUUCUUUCUUUCUGUUUUGCUUUGGUGGGUGGCGGCCGGGGGAAUGCCAAUUUUGGAUCUCGGGUCUAGAAUUCGUUGAUUCCGGCACUUAGCACCCUCAAUUUUCUGACCGAUGACCGCCUUCAUCACUCUUCCUUUCUCCUCUUUAUAACAACAAUGUGUUGAGGGAUCGUAACUGAUUACUUUUCUCCCCCCCC